GGAUAAUGUGAACUGAAGGGAGGGAACAUUUCAGUAAGAGGAGGAGGCAGGAAGGAGGGGAGAGGAGGAGCAGAUACGUUGAGAAUGUAAAAAUAGACAAUCAAAUAAAAGGAGGGAGAAUGUAUGGGAGCAGAAUUGGACCAUACAAACAGAUACCUUCAAAGAGUGGGUGAAAAGGAGAGGAAAAGCUAUGCAGCUGGCAAGACGCAGAAGAACAAGGGGAAUAGCAACGGAAUACAGAAGCAAGUGAAACUCUGGUAAGAUUUUUGAAGCAGUGGAGGAAAAAGACUUGUUCCAUAUAAUGACUUCCUCUAUUGAUGUCUAAUUUCCUCUCCAUGUAACUCAAUCUGGCUCCUACAGUACAGUAAUGGGAAAUUAUUGCUUUCUUCUGACUGAGCCUCAUUGUUUUAUUCUAUAUUAUUGGAAUUACUGGUAAAUAAUGGAGGGAAAUUACAAUAAAUAAUCUGCAUUAAGGAAGGAGAAAAUUAGGAAAUAUGUGUCUGUUAUCCAAGCAUAUGUGGAUAAAUUGACAAUCUGAAAGUUGUAUUUGUCUUUCACUCCUCAGUAACUUGGGUUGUUUUACAGUGUAUGCAUAAAAACCAUAUAAAAGGAAAUUGUUUGAAUGUUUUAUUUAAUUCAUUUGAUAUACAAGUGGUAUAACAGAUGAAUUUAUCUGUUUGAAACUCCUCUGCGGUCAGCUUGCCAUCUUGACCAUGAUGCACCUGACUAUGAACCUGCUCUGCCUGCUGGUCCUGACCUUUCAUCCUGACCUGGCCAUGGUGAGUAUAACCUUUCUCCUCAUUACAUUAGGAGGCUGGCACCUGUUCAAAAGAGUGCAAUGUUACAGAAGGUUCAGACAGCAAUGUUACAGAAGGUUGUAGAACAUAUAUGAUUGUCUGUCUGUCACAGUCUAUGGUCUGUCAUGUAGAAUACUAAAUGUUGUCAGCUCUAUUCAUUACAUAUUUAUGUGCAGUGUUCUAAAUGCUUAAUCUCACUGAAUAUACCCCUGGUGACCUGAGAAAUGUAUAUUUCCAUCCCAGGUGUGACGGAAAGGUGGGACUGUUAUACCUUGAGGACUGUUCAUACUUUUAUAUCCAGACAGGCACCUGGUAAAAAUGUGUGUACAGCUGAGGAAAUCACUUGGCAUGUCAAAACAACAGGAGGAAAAAUAUUUUGUCUUAUUGAAAUAGGAAAGCAUGUAGCAUACACAUUGAGAAAUUGUCCCACAUUUUGUAAUUAGAUGGAGGUAAACCAACAUUUCUCUGUUAGUUAUUGAAAUGGAAUUGAGUUGGAGUUUUUAGGCGAUAAAUUGGUGUUAAAUUGGGCUUUGGGAGCUGAGGCUACAGUAUUUUGGGUCACAAUACACCUGUUUCUCAUUAGAAUGGGGCAUAUGUUCAGGGCAGAUGUGGGUCUGGCUCAGACUACAAAGACCAUAGUAGUGGAUUGAGGAUAGUGGGGAUUCGGGGGUGGUGUCAAGGCCGGGCGUAGGUGUGGUGUGGAAUCAAUUGCAGGAUGCAGAUGCAAGUCCAAAACACUUUAAUAAAGUCCACAGAAACAACGGCUAUAAACAGAGCCGGUUGAACAAGGGAAAAAAUAAACGCACUCAGCGUAAAAGUACAACAAACGCACAACGUGCGGACUCUCUAAUAACAUAGAGCACAAACUGACUGGCAACACCUGCUGACAUAGAACAACUACACACAACCACAAGACAGAAACAACGAGAACUUAAAGGACACAUAAUCAAGACGAAAUGAGCAACAGGUGUAACAAAUCAGACCAAACCAAACCACACAGACACAACGAACGGUGGCAGCUAUAGUACUCUCCGGGGACGACGACCGCCGAAGCCUGCCCGAACAAGGAGAAGGAGCAGCCUCGGCCGAAACCGUGACAGUACCCCCCCCUUGACGCGCGGCUCCAGCCGUGCGCCGACCCCGGCCUCGGGGACGACCAGGAGCAGGGCGCGUGGGAUGACCACGAUGGAACUCAGUCAGAAGAGACGGGUCUAAGAUAUCUCUCCUCGGCACCCAGCACCGCUCCUCCGGACCGUACCCCUCCCACUCCACGAGAUAUUGGAGACCCCCCCAUCCGGCGUCUCGAAUCCAGGAUGGACCGAACUGUGUACGCCGGAGCCCCCCUCGAUGUCCAGCGGGGGCGGAGGAGUCUCUGCUAUCUCACACUCCUGGAGUGGACCAGCUACCACCGGCCUGAGGAGAGACACAUGGAACGAGGGGUUAAUAUUUUUAUACUCAAUAGGAAGUUGUAAUCUGUUACACACCCUCGUUCAACCUCCUCAGGACUUUAAAAGGCCCCACAAACCGCCGACCCAGCUUCCGGCAGGGCAGGCGGAGGGGCAGGUUUCUGGUCGAGAGCCAGACUCGAUCUCCCGGUGCGUACACCGGUCCCUCACUACGGUGGAGAUCGGCGCUCGCCUUGUGUCGACGGAUGGCCCGCUGCAGAUGUACGUGAGCAGCGUUCCACGUCUCCUCCGAGCGCCGCACCCACUCAUCCACCGCAGGGGCCUCGAUCUGGCUCUCAUGCCAAGGUGCCAGAACCGGCUGGUACCCUAACACACACUGGAAAGGGGUUAGUUUAGUGGAGGAGUGGCGGAGAGAGUUCUGUGCCAUCUCGGCCCAGGGAACAUAUCUCGCCCACUCCUCCGGCCGGCCCUGGCAAUACGACCUCAGAAACCUACCCACAUCCUGGGUUUACUCGUUCAACCUGCCCAUUGCUCUCCGGGUGGUACCCAGAGGUAAGGCUCACCGAGACCCCCCAAGCGCUCCAUGAACGCUCUCCAGACUCGAGAGGUAAAUUGGGGGCCUCGAUCAGACACUAUAUCCUCGGGUACCCCGUAAUGCCGGAAGACGUGAGUGAAUAGUGCCUCAGCGGUCUGUAGGGCAGUGGGAAGACCCGGCAUGGGAAGGAGACGACAGGCCUUCGGAAACCGAUCCACAACGACCAGGAUGGUGGUAUUUCCCUGGGAGAGGGGAAGAUCAGUAACUAAAUCCACCGAGAGGUGAGACCAGGGUCGUUGUGGAACGGGCAGGGGUUGUAACUUACCCCUGGGCAAAUGUCUGGGUGCCUUACACUGGGCACAUACCGAACAGGAGGAAACAUAAACCCUCACAUCCCUGGCUAACGUUGGCCACCAGUACUUAGUGCUAAGGCAGUGCAACCGCCGGCCAAUCCCUGGAUGUCCAGAGGAGGGUGACGUGUGAGCCCAUAUAUAAAGUCGAUCCCGAACCUCGAACGGCACGUACGUCCGACCCACAGGACACUGUGGAGGGCUAGGAUCGGUACGCAACGCCCGCUCGAUUUCGGAAUCGACCUCCCACACCACCGGUGCCACCAGGCAAGACGGCGGGAGUAUGGGCGUGGGGCUCAACGGACCUCUCCUCCGUGUCAUACCGCCCGGGACAGAGCAUCUGCCUUACCAUUCUGGGACCCAGGGAUGUUACGUGAUCUUAAAAAACGAACCGGGCCAGAAACAUAUUCCACCUAGCCUGGCGAGGGUUCAGUCUCCUAGCUGCCCGGAUGUACUCCAGGUUUCGGUGGUCUGUCAAAAUGAGGAAAGGGGUGUUGAGCCCCCCUCUAGCCAAUGCCUCCACAACCUUUAGGGCCUGGACCACAGCUAGCAGCUCCCUGUCCCCCCACGUCAUAAUUUCGCUCCGCCGGACUGAGCUUUUUAGAGUAAAAGCACAGGGGCGGAGUUUCAGGGCGUGCCAGAUUCGUUGCGAGAGCACCGGCCCCCUUCCCGGCUUCAAAAGCGUUACCUCACUGGAAUGGGAGUGCGGGAUCGGAGCCCCAACACCGGCCCCGGGGGAAAACGGUCCUUCAGUCCCCCAAAAAGCCCUACCGCCUCAGAACCCUGAAAGCGAACCGGACCCCCUUUUAUAAGAUUUGGGGAAACUGCCCCCUGUCCAAAACCCCGUAAAAACCCUCCUGUAGUUUCGAAAAACCAAAAAACCGCUGCACCUUUUAAAGUAUUGGAGUUUCCAAAUUAGCCGGCCGCACCGGUCAACCCCCAUUUUAAACCCCCUGCGCAACAAUGUAACCCAAAAAGGGGACAGACUCCGAAAAACAACAUUUCUCUGCCGAAUAAAUCAUCUCCCAAAAAUUCCUCAAUACUCGGCGCACCAGGGGUACUGCUCGGGUCGGGUAGAAGAACACUAGAAAUUGUCAAGUAAAAGACCACUCCCUGCCCCUGCAAACCCGGAAGAUCUCUCAACAAAGGGUUGGAAACUGAAGGGAUUCAUUAACCCUAUGGAGACGAGAUACCGAAUGACCCAGGUGGUACUAAAUGCUGUCUUCCAUUUUCCCCCCCCUCCCUAAUAAACACCAAGUUGAGCGCUCCUGGGGCCAAUUUUGUGAAGCGCCCCGUGUGAAGGCCCCCUGUAAAACUCCCCCAUAGUCGCAAUCAAGGGAUGGAUAAUGUUUUCACGUAAUUGAUUUUAGACUGCGGUAAUCAAAACACGGGGCCCAAACCUCCCUCCUUUUUCUUCCAAAAAAGAAAAUCGAGGACCAGGGGAAGUGGAGGGGGUAGAUCCCUGUCUCAGACUGGUAUGUAAGUCCCAUGCUCUCUUUUCCUCUGAGAAGAGGAUACACAUGGCUCCGCGGAAAACGCACUCCUACCAGGUCAUCCACAUCCCCCCUUUUAUUGGUGGCAAUUUCGUGCCUUCGCUUUCUAAACACAAAUUUCAAUCCAUAUCGGGGGAAUUUCAAAGCCGGCAGUAGGUUUGGCUUUCCACCAGGGCGCCCCCACGGGAAAAGCCCGACAUCCCCUACCACUGGACAGACCAUCCUUGAGACCCUCUUUUCCCGAAAUAGAGGGAUUUUGAUAAUAAAAAGGAAGCCCCAGCACCACCGGAUACGCAGGAGAGUCUAUAAGAUUAAGCUAAUAGUCUCCCCUGACCCUCCUGGCCCCCCCCUAAGUGGGGCUGUGACCUCCCUAACAACCCCCAUCCCAACGGACGGCUAUCUAAAGCAUGUUUCAGGAAGGACGCUGACUGGAAGAGGGGGAAACCCUAACUCACACAAAAUCGCGAUUAUAAAAAUUUCCCCGCGGGGCCCCGAAACCUCCCUUUCUGGAAUAGGUGCAACCCGUGGGAAAAACAGGAGGUUAGGUGAUCAACAGAGAUCGGGUAAGGGGGGGUCCAUGGAGGGGACCCCCGAGGGGGCCGGGGGGAGAAAAAAGAUGGGGCCCCCGGGGUUAAAGGCCCCCAAAUAGGUAAGGGGUUUUUGGGGCUUUUCCCCCCUACGCAGAACGAGCCCAAGGACUAGUUGGAGGUGCUGGAGGGGUGGAAUGGACACCCCCCUCAGGAGUCCGCGGGGGGCCAACGGGUGUCGAGGCGAAUGGCCAUGUCAAAAACUGGUCAAAAGGAGGGUGGGUCCCUGCGGCCAAAUCACGACGGCGUUUUCCCCCCUAGGCUGCACGGAAAUGGUUUUGAGGGGCCCCUCUUCCAAACCCCGCGUCUGCCCCAAGUCCGGAACUCCUGCAAAAACCUGGCCUCCUCUUCCCUGUCGGAGGUAGAAAAGACGUUUUCCCGCCCCCUUCCCCUCAGGUGGAUGGUCGAAUACAGCCCUGAAGCGACGGGAGAACUCCGCAUAGGUGAUUGUUCGCGGGUCUAUUCUCCUCCAUUCGGCGUUUGCCCACUCCAACGCCUUGGCCGGUGAGACAGGAGAUGAGGGCGGAAACGCUCUCGUGUCCCGAGGGCACCGGGUGUACGGUGGCGAGGUAGAGUUCUACUUGUAGGAGGAAACCUUGACACCCGGCAGCGGUACCAUCAUACGCCCUCGGAGCGAGAGCCGAAUCCCACUGGGUUUCCGGAGCGUGGACUAAAGGGACUGACCGGUGCUGGUGGUACUGUGGGAGGAGGCGUGGGUGCCCAACUGGGUCUCCAGGCGAUGCAGGGUAUCAUUACUCCUUGUAAUGCGUUGGUUAUCUGGGCUAUCCUGUCAUCCUGUCCGCGGACGCGCUCCUCCCAUGACUCGUCGCUUCUGCUGCUCCUGCUGAUUCCAUGAAUGGGUGUGUAGUUCUGUCAAGGGCCGGGCGUAGGUGUGGUGUGGAAUCAAUUGCAGGAUGCAGAUGCAAGUCCAAAAACACUUUAAUAAAGUCCACAGAAACAACGGCUAUAAACAGAGCCGGUUGAACAAGGGAAAAAUAAACGCACUCAGCGUAAAAGUACAACAAAACGCACAACGUGCGGACUCUCUAAUACAUAGAGCACAAACUGACUGGCAACACCUGCUGACAUAGAACAACUACACACAACCACAAGACAGAAACAACGAGAACUUAAAGGACACAUAAUCAAGACGAAAUGAGCAACAGGUGUACAAAUCAGACCAAAACCAAACACACACAGACACAACGAACGGUGGCAGCUAGUACUCCGGGGACGACGACCGCCGAAGCCUGCCCGAACAAGGAAAAGGAGCAGCCUCGGCCGAAACCGUGACAGGUGGGGGCUGUUCUGUGCCAGUCAGGCUUCCAUAUACUCCAGUCAAGUCAUCAAUCCACAUAGCUUCCAUAAAUUCAGUGAAAGAAUUUACGGACACUGGAUUGGCUUGAAGAAUUUUUUAUCAGUGGCAGUCCUGAUAACAUCGAUGGGACUGUAGUGGAGCGGGUCAAGAGCAUCAAGUUCCUCGGUGUCCACAUCACUAAGGAAUUAACAUGGUCCACACACACCCACACAGUUGUGAAGUGGGCACGAAAGCGCCAGUGCUUAUUUGAGUCUGAUCCUGGCACCUCUCCGUUUUGGACUGUUUUGUUCCGGAACCUAUUUGGCCGGAUGCGGUACCUCUCAUUGCAUGAAAAAUAAUUUUUACUUUUUUGCAACGUAAAAAUGCUUACAAAAGCGAUCAAAGUUCAUUCGAGUUGCCUCUGCGUUAAUUAUCCUGGCCCCACAAAAAAACGUAAUGUGAAAAAGUAGAUUUUCAGCCCGGGCCUAAUAUUGUAAAAGUUGAUUCGGGUUGGGCCGGCCUGGGUUUAUGGUUUGCGCAACAUUGUAACCUAUGUUUGAGAAUAACGCGUGGCGGUGGCUGUGUGAGAAGCACGGCAGUAUCUCUCACAUAACUAGAAUGAGAUUAACUUUAUAUGAGCUCUCUCCCUCUCUGCUCUGAUAUAUAUGAGCCUGCAACUCUCAUCUCUCCAGCAUUGCACUUCAUCAUGUAUUUCCUUAUAGAAUCAUGCGAAUUGUUCUGAAGGAACUGAAGCACCGCUGAUAAUUGAAAUACAUUUGCCAAAGUUAUAUAAAUACUGCUGUCUGUUCAGAAAUUAAUGAAAUAUUUCAGAAUAGCCUACUACAACACACGAAAAGGCCUAUAAUUUAGCCACAGAGGAUCAAUAGCUUCUUUUAAAAAAAUAGCCUAGCUGUGGAUUGUAGCCCAAUAACAAGGAAUAGCCUACAGUCGGGAACGCGGCGGCAAAUCUGUCAGUGAAAAAAACAGCAUGCAGACAAAACUGGCUUUUCGCAAUAUUUCAAAUACAGUGGGGGAAAAAAGUAUUUAGUCAGCCACCAAUUGUGCAAGUUCUCCCACUUAAAAAGAUGAGAGAGGCCUGUAAUUUUCAUCAUAUGUACACGUCAACUAUGACAGACAAAAUGAGGGAAAAAAAUCCAGAAAAUCACAUUGUAGGAUUUUUAAUGAAUUUAUUUGCAAAUUAUGGUGGAAAAUAAGUAUUUGGUUAAUAACAAAAGUUUUUCAAUACUUUGUUAUAUACCCUUUGUUGGCAAUGACACAGGUCAAACGUUUUCUGUAAGUCUUCACAAGGUUUUUCACACACUGUUUGCUGGUAUUUUGGCCCAUUCCUCCAUGCAGAUCUCCUCUAGAGCAGUGAUGUUUUGGGGCUGUCGCUGGGCAACACAGACUUUCAACUCCCUCCAAAGAUUUUCUAUGGGGUUGAGAUCUGGAGACUGGCUAGGCCACUCCAGGACCUUGAAAUGCUUCUUACGAAGCCACUCCUUCGUUGCCCCGGGCGGUGUGUUUUGGGAUCAUUGUCAUGCUGAAAGACCCAGCCACGUUUCAUCUUCAAUGCCCUUGCUGAUGGAAGGAGGUUUUCACUCAAAAUCUCACGAUACAUGGCCCCAUUCAUUCUUUCCUUUACACGGAUCAGUCGUCCUGGUCCCUUUGCAGAAAAACAGCCCCAAAGCAUGAUGUUUCCACCCCCAUGCUUCACAGUAGGUAUGGUGUACUUUGGAUGCAACUCAGCAUUCCUUGUCCUCCAAACACGACGAGUUGAGUUUUUAAACCAAAAGUUCUAUUUUGGUUUCAUCUGACCAUAUGACAUUCUCCCAAUCCUCUUCUGGAUCAAUCCAAAUGCACUCUAGCAAACUUCAGACGGGCCUGGACAUGUACUGGCUUAAGCAGGGGGACACGUCUGGCAAUGCAGGAUUUGAGUCCCUGGCGGCGUAGUGUGGUUACUGAUGGUAGGCUUUGUUACUUUGGUCCCAGCUCUCUGCAGGUCAUUCACUAGGUCCCCCCCCCGUGUGGUUCUGGGAUUUUUGCUCACCGUUCUUGUGAUCAUUUUGACCCCACGGGGUGAGAUCUUGCAUGGAGCCCCCAGAUCGAGGGAGAUUAUCAGUGGUCUUGUAUGUCUUUCCAUUUCCUAAUAAUUGCUCCCACAGUUGAUUUCUUCAAACCAAGCUGCUUACCUAUUGCAGAUUCAGUCUUCCCAGCCUGGUGCAGGUCUACAAUUUUGUUUCUGGUGUCCUUUGACAGCUCUUUGGUCUUGGCCAUAGUGGAGUUUGGAGUGUGACUGUUUGAGGUUGUGGACAGGUGUCUUUUAUACUGAUAACAAGUUCAAACAGGUGCCAUUAAUACAGGUAACGAGUGGAGGACAGAGGAGCCUCUUAAAGAAGAAGUUACAGGUCUGUGAGAGCCAGAAAUCUUGCUUGUUUGUAGGUGACCAAAUACUUAUUUUCCACCAUAAUUUGCAAAUAAAUUCAUUAAAAAUCCUACAAUGUGAUUUUCUGGAUUUUUUUUCUAAUUUUGUCUGUCAUAGUUGACGUGUACCUAUGAUGAAAAUUACAGGCCUCUCUCAUCUUUUUAAGUGGGAGAACUUGCACAAUUGGUGGCUGACUAAAUACUUUUUUCCCCCACUGUAGCUGUUCUGAUGUCUAAAAGCUAUUUUCGGUCAUAAGAGACAGUACCAGCAACAUUAUGUACAAAAUAAGUUACAAACAAUGCGAAAAAAACACACAAAAUAGCACGGUUGGUUAAGAGUCCAUAAAACGGCAGCCAUCCCCUCCGGCGCCAUUAGGCGUUUUAGAUGUUGGAAUCUGAUAACAGAGAUGUCUGUCUCUUUCUGCUCCUGAAUUCUGUUUGUUGUUCAGGGAGGAAGAUCCCAGCGCAGACAAAGGCAGGCUGAGGACAGUCUGAGACCAUACCUGGGUAGAGUGGACCCAGGUGAGACAAGUUUGCCAUCGUUGUUAACUUUGUCCUUGAUGGUUUACAUCCAACAUUUAAUUCAUGCACAAACUCAGUUGAUAUCUAAAACCUAGUGACAGUCACUUCUUCCACUGUUUUCUCCAUUUCUCCCUCCAUCCCGCCCCAUGUCCCAGUCCAACUGUGUGAGCUGCUGAAGUGUCACAGUCCAAUGGGCUCCUGGUGCCAGGUGGUGCAGGACAAUGGAGUCCUCGUCCCAAAGUGUGUGUGUCCUAAGACCUGCCCACGGUAGGACCACACCACAAACUUAAUUCAGUUGUAUUCAAAGACAGGUGCAUUACACCAAUUAAUAUUGUAAGGCAAAAUAUUGUGGUUGCACAACAUUGUGAUGUUGACUCGUGGCUCAUUUUCAUAAAUUACGAAUCCAUUGCAUUAACUAUUCCAAUCAACACAGACAUGAAAUGAUGUCUGAUAGUACAGUGCCUUGCAAAAGUAUUCAUCCCCCUUGGCGUUUUUUUCCUAUUUUGUUGCAAUACAACCUGUAAUUUAAAUUGAUUUUUAUUUGGAUUUCAUGUAAUGGAUAUACACAAAAUAGUCCAAAUUGGUGAAGUGAAAUGAAAAAAAUUACUUGUUUCAAACAAUUGAAAAAAAUUAAUAACGGAAAAGUGGUGCGUGCAUAUGUAUUCACCCCCUUUGCUAUGAAGCCCCUAAAUAAGAUCUGGUGCAACCAAUUACCUUCAGAAAUCACAUAAUUAGUUAAAUAAAGUCCACCUGUGUGCAAUCUAAGUGUCACAUGAACUGUCACUCAAUUUAUAUACACCUGCUCUGAAAGGCCCCAGAGUUCUGCAAAACCACUAAGCAAGGGGCACCACCAAGCAAGCGGCACCAUGAAGACCAAGGAGCUCUCCAAACAGGUCAGGGACAAAGUUUUGUAGAAGUACCGAUCAGAGUUGGGUUAUAAAAAAAGAUCUGAAACUUUGAACAUCCCACGGAGCACCAUUAAAUCCAUUAUUAAAAAUGGAAAGAAUAUGGCACCACAACAAACCAGCCAAGAGAGGGCCGCCCACCAAAACUCAAUGACCAGGCAAGGAGGGCAUUAAUCAGAAAGGCAACAAAGAGUCCAAAGAUAACCCUGAAGGAGCUGCAAAGCUCCACAGCGGAGAAUGGAGUAUCUGUCCAUAGGACCAAUUUAAGCCGUACACUCCACAGAGCUGGGCUUUACGGAAGAGUGGCCAGAAAAAAGCCAUUGCUUAAAGAAAAAAAUAAGCAAACACGUUUCGUGUUCGCCAAAAGGCAUGUGGGAGACUCCCCAAACAUAUGGAAGAAGGUACUCUGGUCAGAUGAGACUAAAAUUGAGCUGUUUGGCCAUCAAGGAAAACGCUAUGUCUGGUGCAAACCCAACACCUCUCAUCACCCUGAGAACACCAUCCCCACAGUGAAGCAUGGUGGUGGCAGCAUGCUGCUGUGGGGAUGUUUUUUCAUCGGCAGGGACUGGGAAACUGGCCAGAAUUGAAGGAAUGAUGGAUGGCGCUAAAUACAGGGAAAUUCUUGAGGGAAACCUGUUUCAGUCUUCCAGAGAUUUGAGACUGGGACGGAGGUUCACCUUCCAGCAGGACAAUUACCCUAAGCAUACUGCUAAAGCAACACUCGAGUGGCAGGUAGCUUAGUGGUUAAGAGUGUUGUGCCAGUAACCGAAAGGUCGCUGGUUCUAAUCCCCGAGCCGACUAGGUGAAAAAUCUGUCGAUGUGCCCUUGAGCAAGGCACUUAACCCUAAUUGCUCCUGUAAGUCGCUCUGGAUAAGACCGUCUGCUAAAUGACUAAAAUGUUUAAGGGGAAACAUUUAAAUGUCUUGGAAAGGCCUAGUCAAAGCCCAGACCGCAAUCCAAUUGAGAAUCUGUGGUAUGACUUCAAGAUUGCUGUACACCAGUGGAACCCAUUCAUCUUGAAGGAGCUGGAGCAGUUUUGCCUUGAAGAAUGGGCAAAAAUCCCAGUGGCUAGAUGUGCCAAGCUUAUAGAGACAUACACCAAGAGACUUGCAGCUGUAAUGGCUGCAAAAGGUGGCUCUACAAAGUAUUGACUUUGGGGGGGUGAAUAGUUAUGCACGCUCAAGUUUUCUUUAUUUUUUUUUUCAUUUUUAUUUUUAUUUUCCCAAGAAAAAAUAUUUUGCUUCUUCAAAGUGGUAGGCUUGUUGUGUAAAUCAAAUGAUACAAACCCCCAAAAAAUCAAUUUUAAUUCCAGGUUGUAAGGCAACAAAAUAGGAAAAAUGCCAAGGGGGGUGAAUACUUUCGCAAGCCACUGUACAUUUGCUGAAAGUAAUGAGCAUUACAAAUUAGAAUCAUGGAGGUAGCUGUUACUUCCAUCCCAUGGCUGUUUUACUCCCACCCUGCCAGCAGGUACAAAACUAACGUUGCGGUAGUUCUGUUCUCGGUCUAUUUAAUUUAAACUCAUUUACACCAGAAAUUAAAUUACAGUUGCUAAUGGUGGAGGAGAUGUAUAAAUUGUUUGUCAUAAACAAAAUGGUGUCUCUAGCUCUAUCAAUCUCUGAGUAAUUAGGGGGAAAAAACUUUCGUCCCUGUUCUCCCCUACAGCAACACUUCCUCAAAAUAGUCAAUCAAUCUUAGAUAGAUCAAGAAAUCUGUCAUUAAUUUUGACAUUUUUGCAGGUCUUAGUCACGCAAUUGUACAUCUAACUAAGGUGUUUGGUGCAGUAUUUCUCAACUGAAAAUAAUUUAAUGAAAACUAGUCAUCUGUCAUUGAAUGACAACAAACACUUUAUUGAAGAAUCCCUACUGUUGACCAUUCUCUGACGAAGGGGCGUAGAUUCCGGCUAUCGAACUUCGGCUUGCCUCAAGAAAAAAUUUAUUGUGCUCGAACAGCCGAAAUAAAACCCGCUGAACACCAAAAUGAACAUAAACGUCACAAAAUGUGUCAUAAUAUAUGCGCAAACUGUUUUGACCAAGAAGCAUACAUAAGCUUUAUUCAAUAUGCUUGUAAUGACUUGUGUGUGCAGGCAGGGGGAACCAGUGUGCAGUGUUCUGGGAAAGACCUUUGGGAACGAGUGUCUGCUGCAUAGAGAAGCCUGCCGCAAGAGACGUCGCAUUGGACUGGCUCAUAUAGGGCCCUGUCUGGGUAGGACACACAAACACACUCACAGUACUGUACCUACAUAAUAAGCCUUCUUCAAGUCCAGUUCCCACUUCAUGCUUGCUUAUGUUUCCAAGUUCCCAAGUCAAACUGCACAGAGGAGGAGUAUGGCCAGUUCCCAUACCGCCUAAUGGACUGGUUCCUCCUACUGAGUCGUAUGGGAGAGUCUUAUGCCCCCUAUGCUCCGCCGCAGAGCUGCCUGAGCCACGCCCAGCGCACCCAACUAGCCCAGGUAACAGAAAAGACAGAAGAAUAGGGCUGGGCAACAAUGGUCCUGGAGGGCUGUAGUGUUUGCAAGAUUUAGCUGAAGCCAAUCUCUUCCACACCUGAUUACACUUAUCAUGAACUAAAUUGAAGGGCAUGAAGUGCACUUUGGCAUAAGAGCACUAUUAUUUGUGUUGUGGUGUUAAAUUGUUACAGUUCCCGAGAGCAGAUUUAAUUUAAGGUUAACAAGCUCCUGUUUAGCUUAUUGUGUGGUCUUCCACAACUCAGAAUGGGGGGGCUUACAGGAACCCCAGUAUAAAUAGACUUAGUCAAUAAUCACUAAAUUAUUCAAUAAGAAAGUUAACUGGGUGGUAAUAUUAUAUCCCCAUCCCUGCCUUCCUGACCUCUCGCCAUACCUCUAUCUAUUCAACUAACCACAUCCUUAACCUUAUCUUUGUCCUCCUUCCUCCUCCCUCCCACCCUGUCCAUCCUCCUUGUAGGUAUUGGCUAAUAGGAGAGCCUGGGCAUGAAUGGCACAUUUUUGUCAUUUAAUAUUCUUCUGCUGAGAUGUCUCCUCUCUUUCCUCUCCUGAAACGUGUAGCGGAGGUUUGCCCUGCUGGACAAGAACAAGGACGGGAAGCUGAGCCGGAGGGACCUGAGGAAGUUGCGCUACAAGAGGAUGCCUCUGGAGCAAUGUGCUACCUUCUUCUUCCAGUGAGCCCCACUCUGAAUACACAGUAGACUUCACAUUUACCUUAUCCUCUAUGCACCACAUACAAAUUAUGACAGAUACAAAUCCCCACUAUGUUCAUCACUGUCUUUAUCAGUUGCCAACUAUCAAUAUAAUUUCAUCUCAAUCAAUAAAGAAAAUACAUAUAAAUUAAACUGAUGCAAUGAGAAUGUUAUGGAAAAAUGUGAAAUUUGGGGCAAUUACCUAUUUGUAAAUGGAAUGUCAAAUGAUUUCCUGAAUGUAGAGGGUUAAAAUGUUGCACCUCCCAUCCUCAUGUUCUCUUUGCACCCCAUCCUCAGCAGCCUUCCUCUGAGCCCCUCUCUCCCUCUUCUAACCAGCCAACCCCCCUCCCCCAUCAUCACUUUCCUCUCUAUCUCACCCAUCCCUCUAUCACUCCCUCCUUCAUAACCCAUGUCCUAAUCGCUCUCUUUCCUCCCUACUAUGUCUAUUCUAUCUCUUUCUCUCUCUCCCUCUCUCUAUCUCUCCCCCUCCCUCUCUCCCGCCUCAGUCGUAAAGCUGGUGUGUUCCCAGUCUGCAGUGACAGGUUUUGUGGGAGUAGGGCUGGCCGGCUCAAUGUCAACCCAUUCCCAGCAAUGAUAAUGUUUAUUACCCACUGAGCUUCCCGCUGUGUGUUGAUUAGCACAAAUGGAAACGGUACCCUUCAAAGAUAAUGUUUCUUUGUGGGUGAAGACAAAUGUCAGUCAUAUUGUGCAUAUUCUAUGCAGAUGUGUUUGUUUGCAUGUGUCCUUUGUGUUUGUGUGUUUGAUUUGCCCUUCAUGUUUGUGUGUGUGACUGUGUGUGUGUGUAUUUGCAACAGCAGGCCUAUAUGUUUGUUUAUGAGGUAAUGUGUAUGUAUAUUCUCUGUAUACAGGUCAUGUGACCGUAACAAGAACAGUAAGGUGACCCUGCAUGAAUGGAUCUCCUGUCUGGUGGAUCGCUCAGAGAGCUGGUUCUACAGCUUUAUGUGUGGGUGCAAUCCCUUACCCUCACUAUCCAAAAUUAUGCUACAUUACCUGUAGAUCAUAGUGUGUCAUGUGUUUCGUCUUUAAUUUAACAAAAUUUGAUUACAGCAAAUUAUUUGAUUACAGCAUGUUUCUUUCUCUCUCUGACAGCUAUGAAAAUGGGAUCCGGUAAGCUGUGUCCCAUGAAGACCGACAACCACCUUUGACCUGGACAUGAACACAUCUCCUCUCGGUUGUCUACAUGUACAUCUGUUUAUCACUGCUAUCUACAAUAAUCAGCAUCAAAGAUUAUCCACCUUUUAUCCACUGCCAGCAUCAUACUCCCCCUAACUGUCACACUCAUUACUGUGUUUGUUUUUGAUUUAUGACAUCAUCUGUUUUGUGACGUCCACUGUACAUUCAUCUGUGUGGAGAAAUGGCCUGUAAUAAAUGUCUAUGAG